CUCUCGCUCGCACUACGAAGUAACGGCUGAUAUCCGUUUCCUUCCGCACUGGGAGAGGGAGUGAAGAUGGCGGCGGCCGAAUCUGAUCGUGAAGUACCUUCUGCUCUGUGUACUGAAUUCCUGAAUUUCUCUGUCAAAGACACAGCUUCGAAAUGGCUCCAAGUGACUGAUCUGUACAAGGAGGUGUACCAUCACCUGGCCCGCUAUGUCCCAAAGAUCUACUGCCUGGGGCCCAACCUGAACCCCCAGAGUGAGGACUUGCUGGCCCAGAUGCUGCUGCAGUCCCCUCUGGAGUGGUACCUGUGUGGGGAGGACCCCUCCACGGGCCUGGCCAAGCUGGAGCAGAACAACCAGCCCUCACAGCUCUGCGGACACGUCUUCAAAGUGGGAGAGCCCACCUACUCGUGCAGGGAAUGUGCUGCAGACCCCACCUGUGUGCUGUGUAUGCAGUGUUUCCUGGGCAGUGUGCAUAAAGAGCAUCGCUACAGGAUGACGACCUCUGGGGGAGGGGGUUUCUGUGACUGUGGAGACACAGAGGCAUGGAAGAAGGGCCCUUACUGUCAGAAACACGAGCCCAACAUCAGUGACUCCUGUCAGGAGGAUCCCCUGGCCCACCUCUCAACAGACAUGAUUGCCCGCUGCUAUAAUGUCUUCUCCGUUGUGCUGAAAUACGCCGUGGACAUGCUCACCUGGGACAAGGAGGAUGAACUGCCCCUGGGCCUGGAGCCUCCAGACCGAAGUGACACUUAUUACUGCAUGCUCUUCAAUGACGAGGUGCACACCUACGAGCAAGUCAUCUACACCCUUCAGAAGGCGGUCAACUGCACCCAGAAAGAAGCAGUCAGCUUCGCCACCACAGUGGACAGAGAUGGAAGGAAAUCGGUGCGCUUUGGCGACUUCGCUUUCUGUGAGCUGGCCAAGUCGGUCAUUGUGAGGAACACGAGUCGUCAGUCCAAGCCCUUGCGGGUCCAGGUAAUGCACUCCUCGGUGGUGGCUCAUCAGUGCUUCGCUCUCAAAGCCCUCCACUGGCUGGGCCACGUCAUAGGAUACUCAGAUGCUCUGAGGAGGAUCCUGUGUCAGGUGGGCCUAGAGAGGGGGCCAGAGGGUGAGAACUCCUCCCUGGUGGACACGCUCAUGCUCUGUGACUCCAAGAUGUGGAAAGGAGCCAGGAACGUCUACCACCAGCUCUUUAUGAGCAGCCUUCUCAUGGACCUCAAAUACAAGAAGCUGUUUGCUAUCCAGUUCGCAAAAAAUUAUGAGCGCUUGCAGAGCGACUAUGUGAAAGAUGACCACGACAGGGAGUUCUCGGUCACUGACCUCUCGGUGCAAAUGUUCACAGUGCCCUCCCUGGCGCGGAUGCUGAUCACCGAGGAGAACCUGAUGACCACCAUAAUCAGGACCUUUGUGGACCACCUGCGCCACCGCGACUUGCAGGGCCGCUUCCAGUUUGAGCGCUACACCGCCCAGCAGGCUUUCAAGUUCCGCCGCGUCCAGAGCCUCAUCGGAGACCUCAAGUAUGUCCUCAUCAGUCGGCCCACAGAGUGGAGUGACCAACUCAGGGAGAAGUUCCUGGAGGGCCUGGACACCUUCCUGGAGCUGCUCAAGUGCAUGCAGGGAAUGGACCCGGUUGUGAGGCAGGUGGGCCAGCACAUUGAGAUGGAGCCUGAGUGGGAGGCAGCCUUCACCCUGCAGAUGAAGCUCACACACAUCAUCUCCAUGAUACAGGAGUGGUGCGCUACAGAUGAGCGUGUGCUGAUUGAAGCCUAUAAGAAGUGCCUGACAGCCCUUACACACUGCCACAGUGGCUUUGCCGAUGGGGAGCAGCCCAUCACACUGAGCAUGUGUGGACAUUCUGUGGACACCAUCCGCUACUGUGUGUCUCAGGAGAAAGUCAGCAUCCACCUGCCUGUGUCCCGCUUACUUGCAGGUCUCCACGUUCUCCUCAGUAAGAUGGAGGUGGCCUACAGAUUCCCUGAGCAGCUUCCGCUGAGUGAGCUAAGCCCCCCCAUGCUAAUAGAACACCCCCUUCGCUGCCUGGUCCUCUGUGCCCAAGUGCACGCUGGGAUGUGGAGGAGAAACGGCUUCUCAUUGGUCAAUCAGAUCUACUACUACCACAAUGUCAAGUGCAGAGUGGAGAUGUUUGACAAGGACCUCAUUAUGCUGCAGGCCGGCGCUUCCAUGAUGGAUCCCAACCACUUCCUGAUGAUAGUCCUGAGCCGCUUCGAGCUCUACCACAUCUUCAGCUCCGCCGACUGCAGGAAGAGAUACAACCGGGAGAACGCCAACAAGGACGUGGUCCAGCAGAACAACACCCUAACGGAGGAGAUGCUGCACCUCAUCAUGAUGGUUGUGGGUGAGCGUUUUGAAGCUGGUAUUGGCCAGGUGGAAGGCUGUGACGAGAUCAAGCGGGAGAUCCUUCACCAGCUUUGUAUUAGACCCAUGGCCCACAGUGAGCUGGUCAAAGCCCUGCCUGAAAACGAGAACAAGGAGACUGGUAUGGAGAGGGUGAUCGACUGUGUUGCUUCGUUUAAGAAGCCUGGCGUGACAGGCAGAGGGCUGUAUGAGCUCAGGCCAGAGUGUGCCAAGCAGUUCAACCUCUACUUCCACCACUACUCCCGGGCUGACCAGUCCAAGGCAGAGGAAGCCCAGAGAAAGCUGAAGAGACAGAACGGAGAGGACACAGCCCUCCCUCCUCCGGUGCUGCCCCCGUUCUGCCCGCUGUUUGCCAGCCUGGUGAACAUUCUGCAGUGUGACGUACUGCUGGGCAUGCUGGGAGCCGUGCUCCAGUGGGCCGUGGAGCCCAGCGCAGGACACUGGUCUGAGUCCAUGCUGCAGAGGGUGCUCCACCUAAUAGGCAUGGCUUUACUGGAGGAACAGCAGCAGUUAGAGAACAGUAGUGAGGACAACGACGUCUACUUCAACUUCACCCUCAAAAUGUCCCGUCCAGGGGAAGCCCCCAGUAACACAGCCAGUGUCCUGGCCCUCCUGGAGAACCUACAGAAUGCCCCUCAUCUGGAGGUCCACGAGGGCAUGAUCCGUUGGCUCCUCAAGACGGUGGCCGGCAUCAAGACGAUGCGGGAGCGUAGCGCUUCCGCUUCCACCGUGACCGCCAGCGAGAGCCGCGGUCAGGAAGAGACAGCGUGCGACAAGGACAAGGCGGAGAGGAAGAGGAAGGCGGAGAUGGCCCGCCUGCGAAGGGAGAAGGUCAUGGCCCAGAUGUCGGAGAUGCAGAGGCACUUUAUCAACGAGAACAAGGAGCUGUUCCAGCAGAGUCUAGAGGAGCUGGAUGCUUCCACCUCUACCUCACUGGAGCACAGGCGUAUAAAGAUUGUCUCUCACCGCUACUGCAGCCCCGCGUCGUCAGACGCAGCCCUGGCGUGUGUGGGCCCCAGGCGGUCACGUCCCGGGGAGAAGAGGCAGGUUGUUACGUGUAUCCUGUGCCAGGAGGAGCAGGAGAUCCGGGCUGACGGCAAGGCCAUGGUGCUGGCUGCCUUCGUCCAGCGCUCCACCGUCAUGUCCAAGAACCGCACGAGACCACCGCACGACCCCAAGCACUACGACCCUCUCUUCAUGCACCCUGACCUGUCGUUCGGCACGCACACAGGCAGCUGUGGCCACAUCAUGCACUCUCACUGUUGGCAGAGGUACUUUGAGGCGGUGCAGGCCAAGGAGCAGCGGCGUCAGCAGCGACUGCGUGUCCACACCAGCUACGAUGUGGGGAACGGGGAGUUCCUGUGUCCGCUCUGCGAGUGCCUCAGUAACACCGUCAUCCCCCUGCUCCCCCGAACUAUGGGCUCCAGCAGUUGUGAGCAGCCUGGCCUGGGUCAGUGGCUGAAGAUCAGCGGUCAGCAGAUAAAGGCCAUGCACUCUGCCCACAGGAAACUCCAGCCCGUCAGUACCGUUGAAGAGACCGUGGAAGAAGAGUGCCCUGCCCCUGAGGUUUUCACUGUGGACUACAUUCCCACGAAUCCCUACUCCAGCACCAUAAAGGAGAUGCUGGCCACUUUUGGGACAGCGACCUACAAAGUUGGCCUUAAGGUGCACCCCAAUGAGCAGGACCCUCGCAUCCCCAUCAUGUGCUGGAGCAGCUGUGCCUAUACCAUCCAGUCCAUAGAGCGACUGUUGGUGGACGAGAAGAAGCCUUUAUUUGGAAGUUUACCUUGCAGACAGGACGACUGCCUGAGCUCCCUGGCCAGGUUCGGCUCAGCAUGUUGGACUGCGGCGUGUCAGCCCACCGUGCAAGGCCACUUCAUCCGACUGUUAGCAGCUUUGAUUCCAGACCCCCAGGUGGAGGCCUCUCCGUGUAUCCUGGACGUAGACAUGUUGCACCUGCUGGUAAGUGUGGUUCUGUCCUACGGGUCGGUCCACUCCCAGGACUCGUCAGGGCUGAGCGUGGACGCUGUCCAGCUGCACCUCUUCCACCUCAUCACUGUGGCUCACAUGGUCCAAAUACUACUCACUUCUGGCCCAGAGGAGGUGACCAUGGAGCAGGAGAGCGGCGAGGCGGAGCGGGGGGAGGAGGAAGGCGCCUGCCGUCUCUACAACACCCUCAGAACACACGUGGGCAGUUCCCUACCUGAGGUGGCCUCUGGUUGGCACCUGUGGCGGUGUGUGAAGACUGGCAUCCUGCCCUACCUAAGAGGAGCGGCGCUGUUCUUCCACCACCUCCACGGAGUUCCUGCACCCCCAGAGCUGCAUGCUCUGUGUCCUGGUCAGUGGGAGGUGCUGUGCGGAUACCUCAGUCUGCCCUCCAACCUGCUGCAGCUCUUCCACGGUCAACAGGAGCUACUGGAGCCCUUACUGCAUGGGUGGUGCACUCACCCAGGUAUACAGCAGACCCUUCAGGGAGGUGGUGUUCUUGUGAGUUUUCCUCGGGAGUCCAACAGCCUGAUUGACCUACCAGAUGACUACAGUGCCCUCAUAAACCAAGCCUCCAGCUUCACGUGCCCUAAGUCGGGUGGGGAUAAGUCCCGUGCGCCCACUCUGUGCCUGGUGUGUGGCUCCAUGCUGUGUUCUCAGAGCUACUGCUGCCAGACAGAGCUGGAGGGAGAGGACGUGGGAGCCUGCACUGCUCACACCUUUGCCUGCGGAGCCGGAGUAGGCAUCUUCCUCAGAGUGAGAGAGAGCCAGGUUCUGUUCCUGGCUGGUAAAACUAAGGGCUGUUUCUACGCUCCUCCUUACCUGGAUGACUAUGGAGAGACAGACCAGGGCCUAAGGCGGGGGAACCCAUUGCACCUGUGCCACGAGCGCUACCGCAAGAUCCAGAAGCUGUGGCGCCAGCACAACAUCACCGAGGAGAUAGGCCAUGCCCAGGAAGCCAACCAAACCCUGGUUGGCAUCGACUGGCAGCACCUGUGAUGUCUUAGGUCACAUCUACCGGAGUUGGACACACCCCUUCUCCAUAUGAAUAGGGGGGAGGCACGGCACAUGGGGGUGUGGAAUGGUUGUCAAGGGAACACAGCCCCACCUCUUUCGCUCCUCCCCCCCGAUUGGAGAAGGGGUACGUGUGUGUGUGUGUGUCCCCCUUGUCUGAGAGUGGAUGAAUGCAAGUAGGUUUUUCUCCUUUUCUUUUUGCUGUUUCUCCCUUGAAGAAAUGUAAUAUAAAAGUGUGUGUGUGUGUGUGUGUGUGUGUGUGUGUGUGUGUGUGUGUGUGUGUGUGUGUGUGUGUGUGUGUGUGUGUGUGUGUGUGUGUGUGUGUGUGUGUGUGUGUGUGUGUGUGUGUGUAUAUACAUACGUACAUACACACAACGCUCUCAAGCAUAUAGCCGACGCAUCGGGCACCCAUGGACUGGCUCGGGUAUAACAUGAAUACUCAGAGUAUAACUUCUUUAUAGGAAUGCUAUUUAAUUUCUGCCUAUUCAAAUAUCAUUAAAUUAUUUCUAAGGUAGAUGGCUGACGUAUUGGUUUAUUUACAGUUGGAUUUGCUUUGAUGCUAAACAUUUUUGACUCGGCACCAGCUUUUCCUUCUUGCUCUUGUCAGCCAGUGACAGCUCAUUUCAGAGUUUGGGACACAAUCUCAUCAGAUCGGUGAGGUCAGAUUGUGCCCCUUACCAGUAUUGGGAUCCAUUCAAUUUAAAUUUCAACAUAAGAGCUGAAAAAUCCGUAUUGAAAAUAAAUGGUGCUUUUCAGCUUUCGAUUUGGAAUUUCAAAUAAAGUCCUGAAAUGUAUUGACCCCCCCCCACCCCCCAUUAGUUACUUUCUCCAGUCUGAUGGACACCCAAAUACACAGUACUCAGAGAAUACAAGCCAAUGGAAGGAAGUUCGGUAACACACUGGUGUGAAUGUUUGUUUUUGUGUUUUACUCCUGAGAGCCUGUGUUCUGGUUUUUACAUUUGUCAGGGUGUAUGUUGGAGUGUGUUAAGUAUUUUUGCAGGUUGAGUAUGUGUGCGUUUUGUCAGUGCUUUGUGUUUUAACACUAUUUAAAUUAACCCCUUAGCCCACAGAUAUGAGCCUUUUUAAGGCAAGGCUGUCCCUUUUUUGCUAAUGUGUACGUGUGUGAUUGGUUGAAGUCAAUUUUAUCUGAUGUGCAUUGAUGGGGUUUGUUUGUUUUGGAAAUUGUUUUUGUAUUGUACAUUUUUUUAAUGUUCAGCAGAAUUUUUUUUUUUCUGUAUGAGAAGAGAAUGCAGAAACAUAUCCCUCUACCUGUUUAUUUGUAUUUUUUAUUUUUAAAUAAACCCACAUAAACCCAGUGGGUUUGCCUGACCCCACCUGGAAUAAAACUUCAUCUUUGUUAAUUUUUUGGUCAGAUAAAAGUCUUAGAUAAAAGUCUCAGAUAAAAGUCUUAGCCCUCUUAAGGUUGGCUCUGGACUGUACCAUUUUUCCACAGCUACGGCUGGGUGGACUGGCACAUUGGGGGCAAAUAUCGUCCUUAAGGCUCGGAAAACAGAAUAGAUUGGUCAGGCUCACAGGGCACUUUAGAGGAAUGAACACACACAAGCGCACACGCACACUGCUCUUUGAUGCAGGUUCUCUCUGAUGCUGGGACCUGAAGCCCCAUAUUCUUCAUCCCAUCACUCCGUUGGCAUGUUUUCCUGGUAAUCACCCCCACCCCAUUCUUUGACACGCUCCCAAUAUCGAGGCUGUAUUAUUAUUAUUAUUAUUAUCGUGUCAGACUUGUUAAUAUGUGAAUUACUGUAUAAAUGAGUACAUUGUACUAUAUUGUAAAAGAAUACCAAAAUAAAUCAAAAGGAAAAGGAA